UUACGAGUGGUUGCCAGGCAACCAGUCUGGACCAGGAAGUCAGUGGGCAGCCAGAGCGUGGUCCGGAACUGAGAUGGACGGAUUAAAAACAAAAAGAAAAAAAUAUAUAAAACUGCUAAUUAGUUAGCUUUACAUGAUUUUUGUUCCCAUUUCACAUAGACUAACCUAAUCUAUUGCUAGCUGCUAACAGAAGGUGAGAUACGUGCAUCCGACAUUUUAAAUGCAUGGCUUCCUUGAAAUUAUUUUUUUUUUUGAUGUUGUUGUUGUUGUUUUAAUAUACACCGCAUCGCUUAGCUAGUAUUACGUUUCUGAAUUUCGCGAUUGCACGUCGCAAAAGUUUUAAUUUGAUACACAUAAGCGGAAGUGUGAACGUGUGUGUUCCUCCCAGUUUGACAGCGGUGCUUGGAGCCGAGAGGGUCAGGGGGAGGAGAGGCAAGGGAGUGGAGCGAGAAGACGACAGGAGGAGAUCCACCACGGGGUGACUAAUUUAACCGGACCAUCCUUGGACAGUUAGGCUACAAAUGGUCCUCCACCCUGGCCGCUCCGAGCCACAACCACGCCGAAUCGGAUUGUCUGCAGCGGUCCUGUCGGAGAACACAAACAGAAGAUGAUCUCGACCCAACAGAAGCCGUGGAGAUAGGCCUGGCAGUAGAGACUGGUCUUCUUACUAACCUUGGUCUCCUAUCAAUGGCCCGGGGAUUUGUGUGACACUUCAACGACAUCCGGUCACCCCCACCCUGCUGCCCUGCAGUGUGGCUACGAAAUACCCCUCCUCACUUCUUCAAAAUUUUGUCCACGGGGAUAAAUGAGUGAACCGGCUGCAAAGGAAAGGGCUGGGACAUGUACCAGAACCCCAACAGAAUGUCCUGGUUCAGUGGUUUCCUAGUCGCCAGAGUGGACGACCGUAAGACCGCUUGGGGGGAGCGCAAUGGCAAGAAGUCCAAACGAAAGGGAGGCUCAUCUCUCUGCAACCCGCGUUACAUGAGUUGUCUGCGGGAUCCAGAUGCUAUGGAGCCCCCGACCGGAGCCCCUCUCCAUCAGCAUCACCGUGGAGUCGUGGGCGGGGCGGUGGGAGGCGGGAGCAACUUCGGCGUCCGCUGCGGAUGGCAGGAGGACCACUACGGCAAAAGGGGAGGGGCUCCCGGGGAAGGAGUGGGGCUGAAAUCAGUCAACUUGGGGUUUGAGGACGGGGAGUUGAAGGGGAGGAAAGGGGGAUGUAACGGAGGAAGUGGCGACAUGGGCGACGAGGGGCCCAACGGGGCUGGGGGGAUUGUGACGGCUGCGGACUGCUGGCUCAGGGUGGUGCGAGUAUUCCAGUCAAAAAAAUUCCAGUCCCGCAAACUGGAGCGCCUAUACCAGCGUUACUUCUUUAGGCUGAACCAGAGCUCCUUGACCAUGCUCAUGGGGGUGCUCGUGAUCGUGUGCGGCAUCAUGCUGACCUUCCACUGUGUCCACGGCGCCCCUCACGUGGCCUAUUCAUCAACCCUCUCAGUGGCGAUGGCCCUCUUCAUGGCUCUCAUGGUGGUGUGCAACCGUAACGGCUUCCACCAGGACUACAUGUGGAUGGUCAGUUACCUGGUGAUCGGAGUCCUGGUGUCAGUGCAGGUGUUCGGGGUGCUGAUGGUGAAGCCGAGGAGUGCUUCAGAGGGCAUCUGGUGGUCCGUGUUCUUCAUCUACAUCAUCUACACUCUGCUGCCCGUGAGGAUGAGGGCGGCGGUGCUGAGCGGAGCAGUACUGUCCAUCAUACAUGUGGUCACGACCUGGCAAAUGAACCAGGAAGACAAGUUCCUCUGGAAACAGGUGAGCGCUAAUGUCCUCAUCUUCUUGUGCACCAACAUCAUUGGCAUCUGUACCCACUACCCGGCUGAAGUUUCCCAGAGACAGGCCUUCCAGGAGACCAGAGGAUACAUCCAGGCCAGACUUCAUCUGCAGAGGGAGAAUCAGCAACAGGAACGUCUGUUGCUUUCAGUGUUGCCAAGGCACGUUGCCAUGGAGAUGAAGGCUGACAUCAAUGCCAAGAAGGAAGACAUGAUGUUUCAUAAGAUCUAUAUCCAGAAACACGACAAUGUCAGUAUUCUGUUUGCGGACAUCGAGGGUUUUACCAGCCUGGCGUCCCAGUGCACAGCUCAGGAGCUGGUGAUGACACUAAAUGAACUCUUUGCCCGUUUUGACAAGCUGGCAUCGGAGAACCACUGUCUCCGUAUUAAGAUUCUGGGUGAUUGUUACUACUGCGUGUCCGGGCUGCCUGAACCCCGGGCCGACCACGCUCACUGCUGUGUGGAGAUGGGCGUCGACAUGAUAGAGGCCAUCUCGUUGGUGCGCGAGGUGACGGGGGUCAACGUCAACAUGCGCGUCGGCAUUCACAGCGGGCGCGUGCACUGCGGCGUGCUGGGACUCAGGAAGUGGCAGUUUGACGUGUGGUCAAACGAUGUCACGCUGGCAAAUCACAUGGAGGCCGGAGGCAAAGCAGGUCGUAUCCACAUCACAAAGGCCACGUUGCAGUAUCUUAACGGUGACUAUGAGGUGGAGCCGGGAUUUGGAGGGGAGAGGAACGCGUACCUGAAGGAGAACAGCAUCGAGACCUUCCUGGUCCUCGGCUGCAGCCAGAAGCGGAAGGAGGAGAAGGCGAUGAUGGCGAAGAUGCAGCGGACGAGAGCCAACUCUAACGAGGGGCUGAUGCCACGCUGGGUCCCCGACAGAACCUUCUCCAGGACCAAAGACUCCAAAGUCUUCAGACAAAUGGGGAUCGAUGAGACCUCUAGUAAAGACAACCGUGGUGUUCAGGAGGCCAUGAACCCGGAGGACGAGGUGGACGAAUUCCUGGGGCGAGCCAUUGACGCUCGUAGCAUUGACCAGCUAAGAAAGGACCACGUUAAGAAGUUCCUACUCACCUUUCAGACCUCCAGCCUGGAGAAAAAGUAUUCCAAGAAGGUGGACGAUCGUUUUGGAGGCUACGUUGCCUGUACUCUACUAGUAUUCUGCUUCAUAUCCUUCAUACAGAUUGUUGUCUUUCCACACACCCCGGUCAUGCUGGGAAUCUACAUCAGUAUCUUCAUCAUACUCGCCAACAUCCUCUUCAUCUGUGCCAUAUACUCUUGCAUCAAGCUCUUUCCUGCUGCGAUGCAGACUGUUUCUAAGAAGAUUGUCCAGUCCCGCACCAACAGCACCCUGGUGGGAGUGUUCUCCAUCAUCCUCGUCUUCAUCUCUGCCUUUGUUAACAUGUUUGCCUGCGACACCAAGAGCUUGGAGGAAUGCGUCGCCGAGAAGCUGAACACCUCCGUGGGCCUGGUGACGCCCUGUCUGAUCCGCAGCUUGAAUGUGUCCGUCGAGGGGGGUCUAGAGAUCUGUCCCAGCCAAGGCCCCUCCUGCCCCUUUCCCGAGUAUUUCAGCUACAGUGUGCUGCUGACGCUGCUGGCCUGCUCCGUGUUCCUGCAGAUCAGCAGCAUAGGGAAGCUGGCUCUCAUGCUGCUCAUCCAGCUCACCUUCCUGCUGCUGGUGGAGUGGCCACAAGUAGCACUAUUUGAAAACGCGGACCUCUUUGUCACUUCCAAUGCCAUUGAUUUAAAUGAAACUAGUGCUCAGUGGUCCAGUUUCAAUGAAACUACAAACCAGUGCCCAUAUGUUGUGACCAAAGUGUCCCUGAGGGUCAUGACUCCAGUGAUCCUCACAGUCUUUGUCUUGGCACUGUACCUGCACGCCCAGCAGGUUGAAUCUACCGCGCGCCUCGACUUCCUGUGGAAAUUACAGGCCACAGAGGAGAAGGAGGAGAUGGAGGAACUACAAGCCUAUAACCGCCGCCUCCUCCAUAACAUCCUGCCGAAGGACGUCGCUGCUCACUUCUUGGCUCGCGAGCGGCGUAACGACGAGCUGUACUACCAGUCCUGCGAGUGCGUGGCCGUCAUGUUCGCCUCCAUCAGCAAUUUCUCUGAGUUCUACGUGGAGCUGGAGGCCAACAACGAGGGAGUGGAGUGCCUCCGGCUGCUCAACGAGAUCAUCGCCGACUUCGACGAGAUCAUCAGCGAGGAGAAGUACAGGCAGCUAGAGAAGAUCAAGACCAUUGGCUCCACCUACAUGGCGGCCUCCGGUCUCAACGACUCCACCUACGACAAAAAGGGCCGCAGCCACAUCACUGCACUAGCCGACUAUGCCAUGAGACUGAGGGAGCAGAUGAAGUACAUCAACGAGCAUUCCUUCAACAACUUCCAGAUGAAGAUAGGUCUGAACAUCGGGCCGGUGGUAGCAGGGGUCAUUGGGGCACGGAAGCCACAGUACGAUAUUUGGGGAAACACAGUCAAUGUGGCCAGUCGCAUGGACAGCACAGGUGUACCUGACCGCAUACAGGUGACCACAGACCUCUUCCAGGUGCUUGCAAGUAAAGGGUACAUGCUGGAGUGUCGCGGGGUCGUAAAGGUCAAAGGUAAAGGGGAAAUGACGACCUACUUCCUGAACGAUGGGCCGCCCAACAGUUAGCAGCCACGGCAGCAGCAUCAGGCGCUGGGAUGAUCCCCUCUGCAAGGACACGGCACCACUGAGCGAGGACUCACAGUGUGAGCGAACAGCUAAGAACUAGAGACGCCAUCACUUGAAUCCCAAGCAAAGAGGAAUAAUAAUAAAAAUAAAAAAGACUUUUAAGACUCCGGCAGGAAAGUGUUCUUGAUGAGAGGAAAAUGUUGUCGCUCGACAGCCAUUUUGGGCCCACGUACAUGUUGAAGGACGCGUGUUUUUCUCAUGUCUAGCCUCUCUCUCAGGCUUCUUGAAAGAUGCAAAGUCUGUUUAUUUAAAAACAACGCCUUUUAGCCUGUGUCAAAAGAAGAUUAACGCUGUACAUAAGGCUACUUUUUACUUUGUGUUUUUUUUUUGUUUUUUUGUUUUGUUUUUUUCCCUGUAAUUUUUAUUUUACAUGACUUACGAACAGGUACUCAUGUUUUGUUUCCGCAUUAAUUAUUUAUUUUGAUCUCGAUGUUUUGUGCAAAAGGUCCUUUAUGACAAGGUGUGAAUACAUACGUGCACAAAUAUCCUGUUUAUUACACGUUUAUGAGUGUGUAUGUACAUGCAUAUUUGUGUGUGUAUGAAUAUAUGUAUACACUGAGGAGGAAUAUAUUGACCAAAGACUAAAGUAUUUACUAAAAGCAAGGCAAGACAUGUGGAUAUGUUCUCGCUAAAGUCAGCAGUGAUCGCCACCUCUGAUUUUUAGGCAGAAGGCCUGAAUAUGUUUUCAUAGAAUAUGUAAAAUUAAUUUAUUUUGUCUGUCGUUCAGGCGGCAAAGAGCAGAUGUUUAAAUGAUAAAACUGCCCUCAAUCAGCCCUCGAAAUUUAAUUAAAAAUGAUUAAAGAAGAUAUUUAUUAGAAGGUCUGAAAUCUAUAUUUUUAUCUCCGCUCUGAGCAGUAGAUCCGGCUAGGAUUAGGAUCCUCUCCAUCCUCGUGUCUCACGCCAGACUGGCUCCGCUGGUUUCAGCCAUAACAAUGUAUUGUCAUCGACUGCUCCUUCCCUUUCAGACAGAUUUUUUAAAUUUUUUUUUUAAUCGUUACUAUUUAUUUAUUUUUUUGGAGGGGAGGUACAGAUGGAAAUGAAGGAACUUAGAUCAGCGAGUUGUUCCCGAAACUUCAGGGGGGGAAAACCUUGGGAUUUCAACGCAGUGGCAGCCUGAUUCUUCUAUGAAGAAGAAGUAGAUGAAGGAAAGAAAUAUAUAUUGAUUUUGACUGAAUACUGUGCUUUGUAAUCCUGAAGGGGCAUAACUAUUUUCACUGUGAGGUUUUUACGAUACAACAAAACUGCUUUCUUGCCAAACAUAACUGCUUCGAAGCAUGUCUGAUUGUGGUUAUCUUGUUUUCUUUUUCGUUUGUUUCAGCGUAGGGUAUUUUGUAUCACCUCCGUAUCCAUAAUUUGUAUAUUCUUAAUGUUGUUAUUAUUAUUAUUAUUAUUAUUAUUAUUACGAUUAUGAUUCUGGUUAAUUAUUAUGCUUAAUAUAAUGAUUUCAUUCCGGUGAAAAGGAUCAAAGACCAGCACGCUUUCUUGUCAAAUGCCAGUUUGUAAAGCUCAAGCUCACUGGUACCAACUGAUCAACUGCAGCCAAUGAAUUCUGCCGUUCAGUCCUAAUGUACAAUACAGUAUUUCAGCUGGCGAUAGGUGUGAUCAUGUAGAGUAAGUAAUAACCAUUAGCUGCCUUUGCAGCAGAGCCCAAGAGGUGUAUGCUCACGUAAGGAAAGCAGUAAACACACACAGACACGCACACACACACACACACAUACAGAUGAUUCACUGUGCUUUUUUUUUUUUUAUUUAUGCCACUACAGCAGUAUUGUAAAUGUCAGUCAGGCUCCGAAGGUGACGUCUCGCUUCCACACAUUCUCACAGGUAACACCCCUCGAGCUACGCCACGUGAAGAGGACGAGGCAGAAUUGGUAGACCUACGCAUACUUUACUUGUAUCACCCCCCCCCCCCCUCCCCUCCCCACCCCUCACUCAGUGUUUCAGUGAAAUGUGAAAAUACUAAUAGCUGAGUCGAAUUGCCUUAAUAGAAAACAAAUCAUAGAAUAACACUAAACAGGAAGUGUGCCUGCUGACGUCGUGACGGAUAGGGAAGAAAGGGAUAAGGGCUCGUCAACAAUAACUUUCUGUUCUCGUCACUGCAAUGGUCUCGGUUUCUCCGGCGCUGCUCUCUCUGUGUGUGGACGGGAGAUUCAGCCCCGACUUUUAGCUCUUCCCUCACACUCGACGGUGGCGACAGCGACAGUUGAUCAUGUUCGUACCAAAGCCAGCUCACGCGGCCCUGUGCUGUUGGUCCCUCCUGUUUGAGCCCGGGGGGCGCGGUGGGAGCACCAGAGGACAGUAACGUAACGGGAGAUCACCAACUAUCACGUGAACUGUGACCAAUGAAGAGUGAUGCAUAUAAGUUUAUAGGAUGGACAAGAGUUUAUAAAGAUGUUCAUUGUAUGUAUUCUAUUUCUAUUGGCUGUCCAUAGACUUGUGUUGAUUGUUAACUCUUGGGAUGCUUUUUUUGGGGAGCAGGAGAGGGGAGGACGCUCGUCCCCAUACUACUGAAACAGUGUUUUGCUCAGGCCUGAUGAAUCCUUCCGUACUUGUUUUUGUUUCAUUUGUAUUUUCCCUGAGUUGGAGGAGUCGAAAGGGGAGUGUUUUUUUUUUGCAAAGCCGAAGGACGAGAAGAGUUGAGGACUAUGACAAAGAGAAAAAUAACAUUUCCCCUUGAAGAAAAAAAAUAAAAAAAAUCAAUGGCU